AUUUUUCAGUCCCACGAUUGUUCUUCACGAGCUAUUCGCUAUCGCUGUUGUCAAUUGACAAAUAAACUACUUGCUGGUUUGGGCGAUGUUAUGCUCGAUGAUGAGCUCUGUACAAAUAUAACCACCAUAAUGCUGGAACGGACAAAAGAUUCUAUACCUAUUAUCAGAGAACAAGCCAUAUAUGCUCUGGCUUGCUUACAGAACCCAGAGGAUGAGAACUGUCCCAUCAUUGAAGCCUACCUGUUUCAUUUGGAGAAUGAUUCUCAUGCUGCCGUGCGACGUGCUGUAGUUGGAUCUAUUGCACUGUUAAGCAAGACGUUACCAGCCAUUCUUGACAGAACUAAAGACUUAACUGAGUCUGUUCGGUGCCAAACGUUUUCCGUAUUGGCUGAGAAAGUCAAUAUCAGGGCAUUAUCUAUCUCACAGCGUCUAGACUUGGUAGACACGGGAUUAAUUGACAGAUCUACUACCGUGAAGAAGAUUUGUACCAGAAAAUUGUUUCAGUCUUGGCUUCAAAGUUGUGAUGGUAGCUUUCUUGAAUUACUCUACUCUCUUGAUGUAGUCACUAGUUUUAAGCAGUGUGAGAAGCUACUUUUGUCUCUCUUUGAACAAUAUUCUGCAGAAGAAUUAGUUAAAAACUUCACCUUUUUAUCAGAUGACUUACUGAUUAGUAAAGAAGAACUUGACUGUGAAAAAGUUGUCUACUGGAAGACUUUAUGUCAGUACCUGGACUCACUUGGUGUUGAUGGUGCAGACAGCUUAGAGAAAGUGUUACCAAACAGUAUUGUGUUUUGCGACUAUCUUAAGAGUUACCAUCUUGACAAUUCCAUUAAAUCCGAAACAAGAUCUGCUGAAGAUGAGUUAGAAUGUCAAUUCAUUGUAGAGCAAUUGAUAGGCAUGUUGAAAUUCAUGGAUUUGUCAGACAUUGCUGCAAGGAAUGCUGUGCAGACUUUGCUCCAUGAUGUUUUAGUGUCUGAUAAGAUCAACAAUUGUUGGAUUAGUACCAUUGUGGCAGAGUUACACGUACUGAAACCAGAUCGAAAGGAACUUAUGAACUACAUUUGUGACUUGGUCAGUGAAAUACAUGAGCCUGUUGUUUUGAUAUUGCAGAGCGUUAAUGAAGAUGAGAAACGAGCAAUUGAUCUGAAGAAUGAUCCGAAGACUCUGUUGAAGUGCCUAACAAUAAUUUGUGAAACACUGAUGUUGAAGAAUGUCUCUGUCAAAGAACUAACCAUUGAACUUCUGAAAGAGAGCAUUAUUCUUCCCUCCAUCCCAAAUGAAUGCGAUGAAGUGCGAAACCUUGGGCUCAAAUGUCUCGGAUUGUGUUGCUUGAAUAGUAAAGAAACAGCAGUACGACACCUGAAUAUUUUCUUAGAGGCGUGUCAUAUCGAAGUGGAAGUCGAUGCAGUGAAGGUGACUGCUCUGAAAGCAAUCUUUGAUAUUCUGCUAGUGUUUGGAAUUGAUCUGUUUGUGAAUUCUUCAAGCAGUGAAGAAGAUGGUGAAGCUAAUUCUUGUUCAGAGAUUAAUGAAACUGCAAAUAAUUUAGAGUCGAAUUUGGAAGAAAGCAAUCAAGAAAAAUCUGGAUCCAGUGUAAUGAUAGCACUACUCUGUAAACAGAUGGAUUCUGAGGUUUGUGAAGUCCAAACAGUUGCUGCAGAAGGUCUGGCGAAAUUAUUGCUUGCUGGUCGAAUAGUUGCCUCCAAAGUUCUUACUCGUCUAAUUCUUUUAUGGUUUAAUCCCCUCUCCGAAGAUAAUUAUUACUUGCGCUGCUGUCUAGGAACAUUUCUUCCAGUCUUUGCAUCAGACUCUGCUUUGAACCAGGAGCUAGUGGUUGACAGUUUUCUUCCAGUGGUUAAGACUUUAUGCAAUGCUCCAGCCUCCAGUCCCUUGUCCAAAGUAGACACUUCCAAAGUCUGUGAUCUGUUGAUUGAAUUAACCAGACCAGGAACAUUCUGUAAGGAAAAUUUAAACCACGACAAAAUUCUUCUCCAAGUGUGCAAUGAAAUUCUUUCCAAUCCAAACUCCUUCAGUGUUCGCCCGUUGAGCCGAGUAUUGAAUUAUCUGGAUCUAAAUCAAGAUAGUAUCACAAUGUUGAAAGAUCUUCACACACUAAUGUCAAAAAUACUCUCUGUCGUCAAAGACAAAAUGAGUUUGAAAGCCCUGGUGAAAUUCUCACAGCAAGUAGAGAAAGCUUUGUCUGCAUGUGAAGAAAAAAGUCGAGUUAACAGCAUCGGGCCUGAGUGUGAAACGCAGAAUGGUGACAAUAAUGAUUUGGCAUCUGAAUGUGGAACAAAAAGUAGCGACAGUAACAAUGCGGCCUCCAAGUGUGGAACAGAAACUGACAAUAAUACCGUCACAUCAGAGUGUGGAACAGAAACUGACGGUAAUACCGUCACAUCAGAGUGUGGAACAGAAACUGACGGUAAUACCGUCACAUCAGAGUGUGGA